UUGAAAGUUGUGUUGUGGAGGGAAAUCAAGAAUUCUGUUACAGGAAGUUAGUUAGUUACAAAUGAAUAUUUGAAUUUUCCGGCAGAGUUUCUCGGAGGGCCGGAAAAGUUCAUCCUGACAUAUGGCUGCGGCCCCGAAGGCUGCUCCGGCCCCUGAAACCCCAUCUCCAACUUCUGACUCUUCACCACCACCAUCCGCUGACGCCUCACCACCACCACCACCACCACCUUCUAGUCCUUCGCCGCCACCACCUAAGGCUUCUAGACCACCCGCGUCCCCUCCCCCUCCUAAAGCACAGCCACCGCCCUCCCCUGAUGAAACCCCGCCCGCCCCUUCACCUCCCAAAGCACAACCACCACCCUCCCCGGAUGUAACGACCCCUCCACCUCCUACAUUGCUUCCACCGCCGUCAGCAGGGCUUGUCCCGCCUGCCACCACUUCUCCGCCACCUCCUGCUGCAAUCCCCGCACGCGAAGUACCUACAACACCCAACCAGCCCAGCCUUCUUCCAACCCGUGGGGACGCUUCUGACAAGGGUGCUCCAGGACCCGCGAGGAAGUUACCUAGUCCAUCGAGCCGAAAAUCAGCUUCGAAGUCAUCAACCGAUUAUAGUGCAACCAAUAUUCCAAUUAUUAUUGGAGGAAUAGUUGUUGGCAUUGUAGUGUUUCUUGCUCUUUUUGUCAUUUGUGCUAUGUGCAAUAAGAAAAAGAAAAAAGGUUACUAUAUUCCUGAACAAAGCGCGGGAGUAGGUGGACCCUACUACCACGGUAAACCAGACCAUGUGGUUAGGGUUGGUACUGGUGGUGGUUGGGGACAUCCGCCACAACCACCACCAAUGAACAGUAGUAAGGAAUUUCUUGGGCCUAGAAUGUCAGUGGCGGCAUCUACAAAGAUGCCACUGGCAUUCAACCAGAGUCAAUUCUCGUAUGAUGAGUUAGUAGCCGCCACCGGAGGUUUUACCCAGUACAAUCUUGUGGGUCAAGGAGGGUUCGGGUUUGUGCACAAAGGGGUGUUGCCUAACGGGCAAGAGGUUGCUAUAAAGAGUUUAAAACCAGGCAGUGGGCAAGGCGAGCGGGAGUUUCAGGCGGAGGUUGAGAUGCUUAGUAGGGUCCACCAUCGGUAUUUGGUUUCACUCGUGGGGUAUUGUAUUAGUGAUGGGCAGAGAAUGCUUGUUUACGAGUUUGUUCCUAAUCGCACCUUGGAGUUCCAUCUUCAUGGAAAGGGUCAAGUGGUUAUGGAUUGGCAAACUAGAAUGCGUAUUGCGCUUGGAUCUGCCAAAGGACUCGCUUAUCUCCAUGAAGAUUGCCAUCCUCGGAUCAUUCAUCGGGACAUCAAAUCUGCUAACAUUCUCCUUGACCAUGAGUACGAAGCAAAGGUUUCCGAUUUUGGAUUGGCUAAACUAACAACCGGGAACGACACUCAUGUCUCAACUCGUGUGAUGGGAACUUUCGGGUACUUAGCUCCGGAGUAUGCUUCGAGUGGGAAGCUAUCAGAGAAGUCUGAUGUUUUCUCAUUUGGGGUCAUGUUGUUGGAGAUUUUGACGGGAAGAAAGCCGAUUGAUCCCGAGACUGAAUACAUGAAUGACAGCUUAGUAGAGUGGGCGAGGCCACUCAUUGCUAAGGCGAAGGAAGAUGGAGACUACAACGAGCUUGUGGACCCACGCUUGAAAACUAACUAUGAUCGCAACGAGAUGGCACAAAUGGCUUCUUGUGCUGAAGCUAGUGUCCGCCAUUCGGCUAGGAGGCGUCCUAAGAUGAGCCAGAUAGUGCGAGCAUUAGAAGGGAACGCAUCACUAGAUAGCUUGGAUGAGAAAGAAACAAAAGGAGAAUCCGCAUUAGACACAAGCGAAUCAAGAGUUUAUGACACGCAGGCCUACAAUGAUGACAUGAUUAAGUUUAGAAAGAUGGUGAUGUCGACCGAAGAAUCUUCAGGUAGUGAGAUGGGUAGUUCUGGACAGUAUAGAUGAACACUGUAAAGUUAUAUAUCACAUGUUGUUAAUAGCUAAGAAGGCUGUUAGUGCUACUAUGGUACAUAUGAGGUUGAUUUUCCAAGGAGAGUAAUGUAGCAUUUGUAGUUAGCACAAAGGCAAUAUUGGGCCAAAGAUCUUUAGUUGAAUAUAACAAGAUAGUGGUUUGUGUGUG